AUGACAGGGGCUGCUCGCUGGGCCCUCCUGCUCCUGUACCUGCUGCAGUCCGCUCCAGAGAGGUCCUGCCUGGCCCCUCCCCAGAAUGUGACGCUGCUCUCCCAGAACUUCAGCGUUUACCUGACAUGGCUUCCAGGGCCUGGCCACCUCCAGAACGUGACCUACGUUGUGGCCUAUCAAAGCCCCCCACCUCCAAGCUGGGACAAAGGGAAAACCAAAGAGCUGUCAUGUUCUCUGAUGUGCCUGGAGAAACAGGACCUCUACAACAAGUUCAAGGGACGAGUGCGGGCGGUUUCUCCCAGCGCCAGGUCCCCCUGGGUGGAGUCGGAGUACCUGGAGUACCUUUUUCAAGUGGAGCCGGCCCCACCCAUCCUCGUAGUCACUCUGACAGAGAAGAUCUUGAGCAUCAAUGCCACAUAUCAGCUGCCCCCCUGCAUGCCCCCGGCGGAUCUGAAGUACGAGGUGGAUUUCUGGAAGAAAGGGACCAUGAACAAGACCCGAUUUCCAGUCACUCCCCAUGGCGAGCCAGUCCAGAUCCCGCUCCAGCCAGCCACCAAUGGACAGCACUGCCUCAGUGCCAGAACCAUCUACACCUUCGGUGACACUAAAUACAGCGAGUUCUCCAAGCCCACCUGCUUCUCCCUGGAGGCUCCAAGAGUUAACUGGGCAUUUUUGGUGCUGCUCCCACUUCUGCUGCCACUGCUGUUGGUUAUUGUCAUGGGGCACGUGCUCUGGAAGAACUUUACAGGGAACCCCUGGUUUCAGCAGGCAAAGAAGCCACAGGCCCUGGACUUUUCUGGACAUAGACAUCCCCCAGCAACCUUUCAACCCAGCGGCCCAGAGCCCCUGAAUGACUUGACCCUCUAUCCCCAAAAGGAAAUGACCAGAAAGGUCAAGCUGACUCCUAGAGCCAGGGCCCCAGCUACCACCCCGGCAGGAUCAGAGAAAGACAGUGCUGCGGAGGACAAGGAUGAUGACGAGGAGGACACAGAUGACAGCGUCAGCUUCCAGCCCUACAUUGAACACUCCCGCUUCCUGAAGCAGGAGCACGAGCCCCCGGGGCACUCUGAGGCAGGGGUUCGGCUCGAAGGCUCCUCUGCGUGGGACUCUUCAUACAGAAGCUGGACCAGCUCUGUGGGCUCCUCUCCCUGGGAUGAGGCUGCGUCUUCUGGCUAUUUGGCCAAGAAGGGGCCAGGCCAAGGGCUGGAUGUGGAUGGGUGUCAGGAGACUCUCUUACUCCCCAAAUUCUCCGAGGACUCGGGUUCCCUGCAUGAACCCCUAAAAGAUGACCUCUCUUCCUGGGCUACCUGGGGUUCCUUGUCACCAAACCUGAAUCUGGUCCCUGGAGACCCCCCAGUUUCUCUUCACACACUGACUUUUUGCUGGGACAGCAGCCCCGAGGAGGAGGAGGAGGAAGAAGAGGAUGAGAGGGAAUCAGAAGUUGAGGACGGUGGUGCCAGCAGCUGGGCAGCUGACUGCCUCCAGAGGACUGAGGCCAAGGGUAGGACACUGGGGUGUUACAUGGCCAGGUGAGCCAUCCCUCACCUUCCCGCUGAAUCUGGUGCUACUGAGCUUCCCAAGGACCCAAGAUGCCACCGAGACUUGAAAACCUAGAAGCAUCUUCUCUGGGGCAGCGGAAGAUACUUACAGCUAGUGGCUGUUCGUCAGUCAGGUUGAGCCAUAAGAAGCCAUCCCAUCCUAUGACCCACCAGCUUUGGGCUGGGUUCCAAGAGGACUAGAGAAAAGAUGGGCUGAGGUCAGAUCACCACACUGUUCCUGGGUGAAAGGCCAGAUGGAAAAAUCAUCCCUUGACAACAUGAAACAGGUGCUGUCAAGUCACAGUGGACAUCUAGAGCUGACACCACACGGGGCCAUCUGGACUGGGGGCAGGAAACUUGGAGGUACAGCUCUCUCAGAGUCUCCUGCCUUUCUUCAGCACCCUCCCCGCUGAGUCUCAGCCUCCUGGUUCAUGGGUCCCCUAGGAAGGGCUCCAGUGAAGAAAAAAAUCUAGUUGGCUGAGAGUGUUGGAGGGGAAGGAAAAUGGCGGCUGUUAUCCAAAUCCCACGCUCCGAGUCACGUAAUUGCAGAGCUUUGCUGUCAGACAGACCUGUGUCCACAUCCCAGCUCUACCACUUCCUGGUUGUCUGACCUCGGUUAUGAGAAACCAGUGUCUUCUGGAAACAGGUGACUCUUGUUACCUGGAGGUAGUGAUGGGGUUCCCAAACAAUGGCUUUGGUAACCUGCACCCACCAGUACACGGAUGAGCAGAGCUGAGCUUUCCACCCAUGGGGACCAAGAAUUUGUCAGAAGAAGCUGAAAUGUUGACUUACUGUGUUACAUCCCCCUAAAGAGCCCGGGAACGGCAUAGCAUGAGCUGCAGGUCCACACUUGAAGGAAGGACAUCAGACGAAGAACACGAAGAACAUGUGAUGCCUUGGGUUAAAGCAAUAUUACAAUUCUUCAGAGCACAAUUGACUCAAACAAUAGGGGUAAGGGUGGGGGUAGGGGUUAAGAGUGCUGAUCCCCUGUGCAGUCAAAAAUCUGCAUUAACUUUUGACUCCCUAAAAACUUCAGUGAUACCUCAGUAUCCGAGGGGGGAAUGGUUCCAGGACCCUCCAUGGAUACCAAAAUGCACACAUGCUCAAGAUCCUUGUAUAAAAUGGUGCAGAUCAAUGCAUGCAGUCAGCCCUCUGAAUCCAAGGAUUCCAAACCAUGGAUCAAAAAUACCGAUUUCAGUCCCUGGCUGGUUGAAUUUGCAGAUGCAAAACCCAGGAGUAAGAAGGCCAACUGUAUAUUAUUGAAAAAAAUCUACAUAUAAAUGGACCCACACAGUUCAAACCUGUCAUUCAAAGGUCAACUGUACAGAGAAGGUUAUACAUUGUUUUUAGAUAUUUGUAUUUAUUUCUAAUUUUAUUCUAUGUUUAUAUCAUAUUUAAAUGAUUUCUUAAUGCUUGUUGGUCUCUACCCUAAAUCGUUUUAAAUAAAGAGCUCUAUUUUUAGAGAAAAGGGCAGAAA